GACCAGUAUGCAACUAUUGAGAAAAUAAGAAGACUUGACCCUAACGUUCCAGGAGUUUAUGUUAACCUUUCUGGACAAACUGCAGCAGCAGUAACCAAAGUAAAAUUGAAACUUAGAGUUCCUUUGUCAUCUUUCCUCAUCUUCAGGUUUUUAAGAUACUUGCCAAACUGGGCAGGAAAAAUUUCUAUCGAACUUACUCCAAGCAAAAAUAACUUAGUCAUUGCACCAACACAAGACCCAUUCACUCUUACAGAAGUAGUGGGAACAAAUAAAAUGUCAUUCGCCGACUUUUGCAAAAAACAAAGUUGA